GCAAAGCGCACCAAGAAGGUUGGGAUCGUGGGUAAAUAUGGUACCCGCUACGGCGCGUCCCUCAGGAAGAUGGUGAAGAAGAUUGAAAUCAGCCAACACGCCAAGUAUACCUGCUCCUUCUGCGGCAAGACCAAAAUGAAGAGGAAGGCUGUGGGUAUCUGGCACUGUGGAUCCUGCAUGAAGACAGUUGCUGGUGGUGCCUGGACUUACAAUACCACCUCUGCAGUGACAGUCAAAUCCGCGAUCAGAAGACUGAAGGAAUUGAAAGACCAGUAGAAGCUACUGCCUGUUCUCCUUGUGGAACAUCCUUUUUCCCACACUGUCAGGAUCUGUCCUUUUAACAAUAAAAAGGUGACAAUGGAAUGGAA